AUAUAUAUAUAUAUAACUAUUACUAAAGCUAUAUACAGCAGUUUCAAUUAGGUAACAUAAUAAGAAAUAGUUAACAGUUUAGAUUGCAAAAAAUGUUGUAUAAAAAAGGUCGGUUUAAUUAGCAAGGAACCCUAAAUUUCUGUCAUUUUAAGUAUAAGAACUUUGUGCAGACUAUCAUUCGCCCUUCUUUAGUCACUAUUUAAAAACUAACGGAGGCAUUUAUACACUUAUACGUGUUUCAGCCUCUCCGUGUGUUUAAAAUUCUAAUCUUAUUUUCAUAAACAAUAGUUUCUUUUUCGGAAUAGUGCCAAUACCGAGCUAAUACCUUAAAAUGGACUCACCAUUGAAGUAUAUAGUGGGAUUCCCGGCGAAGCAUGCUUACGUAGACGAUUGGUUCUUAAUGUCAUCUCCGAUACCGGUCAUAUUAAUAUGGAUUUCGUACUUGUUAUUUGUAUUAAAAGUCGGACCUGCGUACAUGAAGAACAGAGAAGCGUUCAAACUAUUCAAUUUACUCAAAGUAUAUAACUUAUUCCAAGUUGCAUUUUCUCUAGUUCAAUUUUUAAUGGCUUGGGAACUAGUAAAACCCGCAGGUUACAUCGGCAUCACAUGCGACGAAGACGAACAAUCACAGAGAAGGCUCAACCGUUUCAUCUACAUCUACUUUUGGGCUAAAUUCUCCGAGUUAGCCGACACUGUGUUGUUCGUAUUGAGGAAGAAGCAGAACCAGGUGUCCUUCCUCCACGUCUACCACCACAGCAUCACCCUCUUGGCCACGUGGUACACGCUGAAGAUCGAGCCAGUGCAGGCCACCGCAUUCUUGGCUUACAUCAACUCCUUUGUCCAUGUAGUCAUGUAUGCGUACUAUGGGCUGUCGGCGUUCCCAGCUCUGACCAAAUACUUGUGGUGGAAGAGAUACAUCACCGCUAUGCAAGUGUUCCAAUUUGUCUGUGUCAUCAUACACGCCGUUGGAAAUUACAUCUACAGCGACUGUGCCCCAUCUUAUAUACUGCUUUUCACAAUUAUCAUCAACGAAGCACUAUUCAUAUACCUCUUUGGUGAAUUCUUCGUCCGGUCAUACAUCACACCGAAAAGGAAAGCCGAUAAAGCUGAAAACGCCGUGAAAGCUGAUUAAAAGCUGUAAUAGCGUUAAACUUUAAGCUCUGUGCAACUAUUGUAAAUUUGAAAAAAGAACAUUAAGAAUUUUUAAACUUGGAUCAGCGAAAGCCGACAAAAAUGGCGGACGCUCCAGACAAAAAAUAACCGUAAAGUUUCUUUCAAUGAAAUUAGGUUAUUUUUUUUAACAAACAUGGCUGACAAUUCUCUAUGGUACAUAUUAAUUAUGUAUGUUAUAUUGUAAUGCUAUUACCACAUACAAUUCAAUUUCAGUUGCUAUUAUCCGCGUACUUGUAACGGUUAGAUAAUAUCCCAAUAUCCCAUCAUAAACGACCUGUUUAUUUUUUUUUAAUGUAAACAAAAAUUCAAUUUAUUAAUAGUGAUUUAAAAAUAAAUGUAACGUUAUGUUAAUUUGUCCACCCCAAAAUAAUUGUAAAUGUUACUUUUGUUUUGUAUAUCUUAUUCUUACAUGUUUUUAAAUAGUUACCAAUAAAUGACGUUACUGGAUA